AUGUCUUCUUUGACUAUCACCGAACAAUCUAUCCCCCCACUAGACGGUACCGUCGCCAUUAUCACAGGAGGGUCAUCUGGAAUUGGCUAUGCCACCGCUCAGGUCCUCACCAGCAAAGGAGCCACCGUUCACAUCCUCGAUCGGAACAGUCCAAGAGAUGACGACGCUGAGUCCUAUCGGCACAACCCGCGUCUGGUAGUGCACAAAUGCGACGUCUCCAAAUGGGCCGAUCUCUGUGGGGCUUUCGACUCGAUCGGGCCGGUCCAUCUCGUCUUCGCCAAUGCAGGCAUUUCCGAGUCGACAAAUUACUUUGCGGACACAUGGGAUGCGGCCACGGGGUUGUUGGAGGAGCCAACGUACGACGUACUUGACACCAACCUCCGGGCGGCCAUGAAUGUAGUCAAAUUGACGUGGAGCUCCAUGAAGCGGCACCAAAUUAAGGGCAGUAUUGUCAUAACCACCAGUGCCACCGCCUAUGCACCGGAACAAACCUUGCCUGUCUAUGCGGCGGGGAAAUUGGCACUGGUCGGUCUCAUCCGCGCACUUCGAUCCGUGACCAUCCAAGACGGCAUCACCAUCAACGGUGUCGCCCCGGCGGCCACCAUCACUAGCCUUCUUCCCGCCCACCUCGCCGCUCCGAUUAUCGCUCACGGCUUACCGGUUAGCUCAGCCCACUUUGUGGGGUUGGCUAUGGCAUACUCGGCCACGGCCACUCAGCCCCGGCGCGUCGACGUUUAUGGCAAGGAGACGGAGGCCGAACGAUACCCAACCACCACCUCCCAGGAGAAGGAGGAACGAUGGAAUGGGCGCAUCAUCUUGACCCUGGGGGACUGUUAUACUGAACUGGAGGAACCUAUCGCGGAUCUUCGGCCGUUCUGGUUUGGCCGGGAGAAUCUGGCUCUUACUCGGUUGCAGCAGGCCGCGACUGACUUUCGGCAGAAGACAUAG